AUGUCAGUUAAGUUGUUGAUGCAGGAUUUCAAAGAGCUAUCCUCCUCAACAGGGUUGAAUGUCAAUCCCAAUAAGUGCAAGGUGUAUUUUGGGAAUGUUGAGGACAACACCAAGCAGAGCAUAAAGUUCUUGACUGGCUUUUCUGAAGGGCUCUUACCAUUCAUAUACCUUGGUAUCUCUCUAACUAGUAAGAGACUAUCAAAGGGACAUUAUCUAAUUCUGGUUGAGAAGAUUACUAGCAGGAUCAAGCAUUGGAGUGCUAAACUCUUGAGCUUUGCUGGCAGGAUGCAACUCGUUAAUAGUGUCUUAUUUGCCACUGUUAAUUAUUGGCUCAAAUGUUUUCCUACCCCCAAGAUUGUCAUCAAGAAAGUGGAAGUUGGUUGUAGGUCUUUCCUUUGGUCUAACAAUGACAAAAUUACCAAGAAGUCCCCCAUUUCCUAG